ACGGCUAAACUUCCGUAGCUUAACAUCGCUGCUGUUAGCCGUUAGCCACAACAGCAGCUGUUUAGCGUCGUAUUUGUUGUUUUUUCUGUUAUAAACGGUCAAAUUAACCUCAUCAAACCCACCGGAGGACGACGUUUGACGGUGUUUUCCUCCAGGAUGAUUCCCACCGAGGAUGCGUCCGCCAGGAAGCGGAAGAUAGAGGAGAAGCUGAAGCAGGAGCAGGAGACUCUGUCGUUCAUCAGAGAAAACCUGGAGAAGAGCGACCAGCUGACCAAAGGGAUGGUUUCCAUCUUGUCCUCGUUCGAGAGCCGUCUGAUGCAGCUGGAGAACUCCAUCAUCCCGGUUCACAAACAGACGGAGAAUCUGCAGCGUCUGCAGGAGAACGUGGACAAAACUCUGUCCUGCAUGGAUCACGUCAUCAGUUAUUAUCACGUAGCUAAAGACACCGACAGGAUCAUCAGAGAGGGACCUACAGGACGGCUGGAUGAGUAUCUCGCCUGCAUUGCAAAGAUCCAGAAAGCUGUUGAAUAUUUUCAGGACAACAACCCCGACAGUCCUGAGCUCAACACAGUGAAAGCUCGUUUUGAAAAGGGCAAAGAGCUGCUGGAGGCGGAGUUUCGCAGCCUGCUGACCCGCUACAGUAAACCGGUUCCUCCCAUCCUGAUCCUGGACGCCAUCAGCGUGGACGAGGAGCUGGAGGUCCAGGAGGAGGUGGUUCUGGAACAUCUGCCCGAAGCCGUCCUGCAGGACAUCAUCUGCAUCGCUGGCUGGCUGGUGGAAUACGGACGGAACCAGGAUUUCAUGAACGUUUACUUCCAGAUCAGGUCCAACCAGCUCGAUCGCUCCAUCAAAGGCCUGAAGGAUCAUUUCCGUAAGAACAGCGCCUCCUCUGGGAUCCUUUACUCACCUGCGGUCCAGACCAAACGCAAGGACACGCCCACCAAGAAGGCCCCCAAGAGACCAGUCUACAUCCCAGGGACCAUUCGAAAGGCUCAGAACCUUCUGAAACAGUACUCACAGCAUGGGCUGGAUGGGAAAAAGGGGGGCUCUAACCUCACUCCUUUGGAAGGAAAAGACGACGUCCUGGACAUCGAGAUCGACUCGUACAUCCACUGCAUCUCCGCCUUCGUGAAGCUGGCUCAGAGCGAGUACGCCCUACUGACCGAGAUCAUCCCCGAACACCACCAGAAGAAGACCUUCGACUCGCUCAUUCAGGAGGCUCUGGACAACCUGAUGCUGGAAGGAGACAACAUCGUCUCUGCAGCUCGUCGGGCCAUCAUGAGACACGACUACUCAGCCGUCCUCACCAUCUUUCCCAUUCUCCGACACCUGAAGAUGAACAAGUCCGAGUUCGACGCCACGCUGCAGGGAACAGCAGCGAGCACCAAGAACAAGCUGCCGACACUCAUCACCUCCAUGGAGACGAUCGGAGCCAAAGCUCUGGAGGAGUUUGCAGACAGCAUCAAGAACGAUCCGGAUAAAGAGUACAACAUGCCCAAAGAUGGAACCGUCCAUGAGCUGACCAGCAACGCCAUUCUGUUCCUGCAGCAGCUGCUGGACUUCCACGAGACGGCCGGAGCCAUGUUGGCCUCACAAGUUCUGGGGGACACUUACAAUAUUCCUUUAGACCCCCGAGAGACGAGUUCAGCGAGCAGCUACACCUCCGACUUCAACAAACGCCUCCUCAGUGCCUACAUCUGUAAAGUUUUGGGGAACCUGCAGCUGAACCUGCUCAGUAAAUCCAAAGUUUACGAGGAUUCGGCUCUGAGCGCCAUUUUCCUGCACAACAACUACAACUACAUCCUCAAGUCGCUGGAGAAGUCGGAGCUGAUCCAGUUGGUGACGGUGACCCAGAAACGAGCCGAGACGUCGUACAGAGAGCUGAUCGAGCAGCAGAUCGACACGUAUCAACGAAGCUGGCUGAAGGUCACUGAACAUCUGACGGACAGGAACAUGCCGGUGUUCCAACCUGGAACUAAGCUGAAAGAUAAAGAACGACAAGUGAUUAAAGACAAAUUCAAGGGUUUUAACGACGGUCUAGAGGAGCUCUGUAAGAUCCAGAAAGGUUGGGCGAUUCCAGACAAGGAGCAGCGAGAUUUCAUCCGACAGGCUCAGAAGAAGAUCGUUUCUGACGCCUACAGAGCUUUUCUGCACAGGAUUACCACAGACCUGACUGUGAACACCGUCAACAUCCACCUCAGGGAGACGCUGCCUAAGAUCUCAAGGCUGCUUGGUCGUGGUCUUUCUGGCACGUACUCUUCCAAGAUGAGCCGGGAAGUUUAACACUAAUGGAAUGACACCAGGUCUAAGCCGACAAACUUCCAAUUCCUCCUCAACCCCUAGUCUCUGGGAAACCUACAUGGAGUAAGAAAAGUAGACAGAGAAGUAAUUAAGUCUGUACACAACAUAUUAAAAAGAAAUCAUGCUAAUAAAUUAAGUACAAAGAACCUAAUUCGCCACUAUACUGGAGACCAGAGCUAUUUAAUUUGAUAAGUAUAACCUUGUUUAGUAACAUUUCAAUUAUUUGAGAGCAGUCCUAAAGAACUGCCUGUAAUCCCAAUCAUAAAAUGGGUUUGGAGGAAGAACAUAGAUGGUAAUCUGGAUAUACAUGAGUUAGGCUUUAUAACUACUACUGGUAGUAUUGGUGGUAGUAAUAGCAAUGUGACUACUACUAGUAGUAGUGGUAGUACACUAACUACUGCUGCUGAUACUGGCACUGCUACUACAACUUGUAAUACUAUUACAAAUGCUGAUACUACUUCUAGAACAGCUGUUUAUACUACUACUGCUGCUUGUACUUUUAGUAUUACUACUACUGCUUGUACAACUAUACUACAGCUACUAUUAAUCGUCUGGUAUUUUGUUGUCAAGCUGCUAGCUCGCCUUUGCGUUUUGCUAGUGGCUAACUAGUUAGCUCUCAUAGACUGGAAGCUCUCAACAAGAUUUCAUAAUGAAAAACGAGCCAAAAACUAUUCUUACCUAUGAAAAGUCAUUCCAAGUUUCCUUGUCUCAAUCGUACGGCACAGUGUGUAAUUGUAUGCAGCACACUGAGCCGGCAUACUUGUUGUUUCCGUUUUCACGCCGUCUACAUCAACGGAAUGCACUGAAACUUUGCCCCCACUAGCUUAGCCUCACCGUAGCACGCAGCUCAAAGGGGCGUGGCCUAUCUACUCAUUCAUAUCUAUGAGAACAACGGUGGCUGCACAUAAGGACGUCUGACGUUGAUUAGCUGCGUAAAUACCAUUAUAUACAGUCUAUGGUAAAUACGUAUGUGAAUCGCAUCAUUGGCUGCAGCAGCCAGUCACCGGUCACUCACUGACUCACAUUGAAAAAUAGCACAGAACGAAUUGUUAGGUGUUUAUUUUAUUUACAAUUUAGGUUGGAUUUUUUUUUUUAUGCGCAGCGCAGAUUUUCUGUGCGCAGAGACCGUGUCAGCAGUGCGCAAUUGCGCACGCGCGCAGCUUAGAGGGAACAGUGGUUAUGUGACAAAAAAAAUUCCGGGACUAUCCAACAGAAGUUCAGAGCAGAUGGGUGAUCGCGAGAUGCUGUGAGAUCGCGAGAUUCAGUGAGAGUGACGAAAUUCAACAUGGCGGCUCCCAGCUGCUAGAUGAGAAGUAAACAAAUCGCCGUUAUCUCGACGUAUUUGUAUUAAAAAUAAAUAAAUAAAUAAAACAACAACCUAACUAAAUAGCCUGCUCAAGAUCGGAAACGGUAGUGCUCACAGUGGAGGACCUUGAGAACUUUAUUGACGACUACUUCGUCCGGUGCAUGAUGGAAGACGCCAACCCGAGCAAGAGGAAGAAGGCAGACUCCUCGACGGACACACAAGACUUGGAGGUCACGGAUAUCCAGGUAAGUGUUCUCGAGUCAAUUAAUAAGAAGCUCGAUAUCCUUAGCUUGCUUCACCAGGAGAUAAAAGACCUGAAAGCAAGCCUGGAGUUCACCCACCAGCAGAUAGAGGAUCUGCAGAGGGACAACACCGAACUCCGGUCCACGCUGACAGCGGUCACUUCAGAGGUGGAUACACUUAAAAAAGAAAACAAAACCCUGAGGGAGACCGUCCUGGACAUCCAGUCGAGGAGCAUGCGGGACAACCUGAUCUUUUCUGGUAUCCCUGAGUCCACACCGGAUAACCCAGAGACCCUUGUUAAAAACUUCAUGGUGUCGGCGCUUAAAAUCCCUGCGGAAACGGUGAAAAACAUCACUUUCCACCGCGUCCACCGGCUCGGACCCCGAGGAGGAAACCGACACCGUCCCAUCAUUGCAAAGUUCGAGCACUUCCAGCAGAAAGUGCUCGUAAGAAGCAAAGGACGGGAGCUGAAAGGCACGUCGUUCGGAAUGAACGACCAGUUUCCCAGGGAAAUCAACGAGAGGCGCAAAGUAUUAUACCCCAUCAUGAAAGAACACAGACAGAAAGGUAAACGGACUGCACUGGUUGUGGACAAACUGUACAUAGAUGGGCAGCUAUUUCUGGAACCCUCCAUUACCCCCUGGCUCUUCUAAAAAAAAAAAAAAUGGCUUAAACGUUUAAUAUAUCACUUAGUCAUUUAUGUUAGAAAAUGUUAUUAAAAAAAAAAAACAAACAAAAAAAAAAAAACUCACAGGUGUAAAUGUCUCACUCUCCUAACCUACACUCCCCACUGGAGAACCCCCUCCUCCUUCUACUUUUCUCUCUCUCCCUCUCUAUAUGUCUCCCUUUAGCUCUCUCCCCCUCUCACACACUCACCCCCCACACUCUCACUCACACUCCAUGUACCCCCCAUGUUUAUUGUGCUUGUAUGUUUUAUAAUGUGUUUGUUGAUAGUUUUUCAGGCAAAUAUGUGCUAUUAUAUCAUGUAUAUAUAGAUCCUGACCUGCUGUAUGCAUCUCUCUCCAACACUCACAGCUCACAGACAGCAACAGACAGCUCACAAGGACACACACAGAUGUUAUAUUGUAUUGCUACAUACUCAGUGACAGAACAUCUUCUCUCUGUAUGUUCAAGUUUAAUAUCGUAGCCUGGAAUGUUCAUGGCAUACGCUCACAAACAAACAGAGUUAAAAUCAUGGACUAUGUCUCUAAAUUAAAAGCAGAUAUUUUGCUCCUUCAAGAAACACAUUUACUACAGUCGGAAGAAAAAUGUUUAUCAGACUCGAAUUAUAGUAUCAUCUUUUCAUCUUGUUAUAACAGCAGACAAAGAGGGGUCUCCAUUCUAGUCCAUAAGAGAAUUCCAUUCACUUUAAACAGUACAGUAACGGACUCAGAGGGCAGAUAUAUUAUUAUCCAGGCAACAAUCUUUAAUAAAUUAUAUUCUAUUGUAAACCUCUAUGCUCCGAAUAAUGAAGAUCCAGCCUUCUUUCACACUGUUUUCUCUCACUUAGCAGACUUAUCUGCUAACUCAAUAACUAUUAUCGGUGGUGACUUCAACAUAGUUUUAAACCCUUCAGUAGAUCGAUCUAAUAGUCCAAUACACGUUAAACAGUCACAAUCAGUUAAAGUCAUACAUGACUAUAUGAAAGAUUUCGGACUAGACGACGUCUGGAGACUCAAAAACCCUACAAAGAGGGACUAUACGUUUUUCUCUGCGGUACACAAAACAUUUUCAAGAAUUGACUUUUUCCUCUUAAAUAACUCUAUCGCACAUAAAGUUACUACUAAAAUCCACCCAAUCAUUAUCAGCGACCAUGCACCAAUAUCACUCAGCCUGCAAACAGAUUCCAUCCCUAAACCUCCUCAGACUUGGCGCCUCAACAUCUCUCUACUCAAAGAUCCAGAAUUUGAUCGAGUAAUAAGGAGUGAGUGGGCAGACUUUCUAAAAAACAAUGACUCUGAUGACUUACCCCCAUCUUUGCUUUGGGAAACUGGAAAGGCCGUAAUCAGAGGUAAAAUAAUAUCGUACUCCUCAUACAAGAAAAAAAAAGAUCUACAAACAGAGAAAGAAAUUGAAGAAAAAAUUAAACAACUUACAGAGAAUUAUGCAAUAAACCCAAGUGAUCAAUUAUGGUCCGAACUACAAAAUGCAAAACUAAACCUCGAUAAUAUCCUAUCCAAGAAAACAGAGUUUUUAUUACAACAACUAAGAUAUAAUGAUUUCGAACACAAUAAUAAAUCAGGAAAAUUUCUGGCGAACCAACUCCAGCGCAAUAAAGAAAAAUCAUUCAUAACAGCAAUUCAGGAUCCCUCAGGAAAAUAUACUCAGUCACCUCAGGAAAUUAACCAGAUCUUCUGUAAUUAUUACCAGAGUUUAUACUCAGCAGCAGCUAACCCAAACAUGGAAGAUAUUCAUAAUUUUCUCAACAAUUUAAACAUGCCCAAACUAACGUCAAAUUACAGAGACAUAUUAGAUGCUCCAUUGACUAUGAAAGAAUUACAAUGUGCAUUAGACAGUAUGCCAGCAGGCAAGGCACCUGGUCCUGAUGGUUUCCCUGCUGAAUUUCUUAAACAUUUUUGGUCAAUGUUAGCACCCCUUUUCUUCAGGACAGUGACAGAGAUUAAAAAUAAUGGUUAUAUCAGUCCGCACAUGAAUACAGCUGCAAUUAAAUUAUUAUUGAAACCAGACAAAGAUCCUACGCUUCCCUCUAGCUAUCGACCUCUGUCACUAAUCAACACCGACAUCAAAAUUAUCUCAAAAGCUCUCGCCUCUAGGCUGGAGAAAAUCAUCCCAUCAAUAAUUCACAGCGAUCAAACAGGAUUUAUAAAUGGCCGACACUCCACCAACAACAUCAGAAGACUUCUAAAUCUAAUCUCUUUGACGCAACGCCACAACAAAGAAGCUAUUGUUAUGUUACUGGACGCAGAAAAAGCCUUUGACAAAGUUAAUUGGUCCUUUCUCUUUGCUGUGCUCCACAAAUUUGGCUUCGGAGAAUCAUUUAUCCAGUGGGUAUCAGCUCUGUACAACUCACCCAAGGCUACAGUCACCACUAAUGGGAUCACUUCACAAAGCUUCAGUCUGCAAAGGGGAACGAGACAGGGAUGCCCACUCUCUCCCUUAUUGUUUGCAAUCUUUAUCGAACCAUUAGCAACAGCUGUACGUCAGAACACCGAUAUCAAAGGUAUCUGUGCUCUGGAGUCUGAACAUAAAAUUAACCUAUACGCAGAUGACAUUUUACUUUAUCUACAAGAACCCAAAACUUCAGUAAAGGAAGUAUUUAACCUCAUCACAACCUUCUCGCGUCUUUCAGACUACUCCAUCAACUGGUCAAAAUCAAUUAUAUUACCUUUAACAGAAAACUCGUGGAAGCCCGCAGCCCAAAACUCGCAUUAUUCUUUUCCUACUGGCAACAUCAGAUAUCUGGGCAUAAAUAUUUCCUCCAAACUCUCAGAAUUAGUUCACCUGAACUUCACUCCACUUUUGGACAAAGUCUGUGAUGAUCUGAGGCGUUGGAACAACCUCUCCAUCUCCCUUUUGGGACGAAUAGCUACAGUCAAAAUGAAAAUAUUACCUAAAAUCAACUAUCUUUUCUCCAUGAUUCCAUUUAAACCCACAUCAAAGUGGUUCCAAUCAUUAGACUCCGCUAUUGGUAAAUUCUACUCAAAGAAUAAAAAGGCUAAAAUCAGUUUGACUACCCUCCAGAAGAAUAAAUCCGAAGGGGGACUGGAGGCUCCCAACUUCAUGUAUUAUUAUUUAUCCAACCAAAUACAAUAUCUCACCAAAUGGAUACAUCCUCAUGAAGAAUAUAACUCCUGGCUGGAACUAGAACAGUUAGAUUGUAACCAGAUCAAAAUCUCUGACCUUCCCUUUAUCACUUCUGCCCUUAAACAUCACUCCUGCUUCAAGAACCCUAUGAUCGCUUCCACCUUGUCUGCUUGGUGGAAAGCACUGGAAACCACACGCUCCCAAUUAAAACCCAGUAUACUCUCCCCAAUCUGGCACAACCCUGAUUUUGCAAACAACAAAAUAGCUCUUUAUUUCAGCACAUGGCAGAGAGAGGAGUCACUCACCUCCAUCACCUUCUGGAUGAUAACACAUUUAGGACAUAUAUAAACUUAUUCCAAACAUUUGAAAUAAGAAAUGGAAAUUUUCUUCAGUACCUACAGGUAAAGAAGACUAUUACAAGUAGAAUUCCAUCGCUUCAGACUACUUUACAGCCAACGGAUUUACAGCCACCUGAAUUUGUCGACUACAUUGUGAAACUCUCUCCAAGAAAUAAGAAGAAUCUCUCAAAAAUUUAUGGUUUACUCUCAAAGACACACUCUAUACACCUACCAACUCAAAAAUGGGAAAAAGACGUAUCCAAAUCUUUUGACUCUGAUUUUUGGACCCAAAUCUGUGAAAACACAUUUAAAAUGACUAAAAACACCAACUUACAAUUGAUCCAAUUUAAGGUGCUUCACAGAACGCAUAUAACGCAAUAUAAACUGUAUAAAAUGGGCUUCUCACGCUCAGACACAUGUACGCAAUGCACCCAAAACAUGACUGACAAUUACUUUCACGCUCUGUGGCUUUGUACACCCGUCUAUCAAUUCUGGGUAACAAUCACGCAGAAACUCUCCAAUAUUUUGGACUGCGGGAUUCCACAUUCCCCGAACGUUUGCCUAAUUGGUGAUCUAACGCAAACAGCCCUUCCAGACAUUCAUAUCCAACCCACACUUGCAGCUAUCGCCAUCGCCAAAAAAACUAUCUUAGUUAACUGGAAAGAUAAGAAAGCCCUCAACAUCAUCCAUUGGCUGAAUCUCCUCACAGAACACAUUUCACUAGAGAGAAUAUCUGCUAUCAGAAAAAACCAAUUGGACUCCUUCAAAGAAAAAUGGUCUCCAUUUAUUAAAUCAAUAAAUAUUAAUCUAUAGCCUCCGCUUGUAUGUGGGCGUAUGCCAUUUCCCUCAUAAAAUUGUAAUUAUUAUUCUGUCUGUGUGUAUGGUCUGACUUCUCUCUGCUUUAUUUCAGUUUAUUAACCCUCUACCUUUUUAAGUAGGAUGGCACCAUGGACUUCAAGGCUGUGUGCAUGCACUGGUGGUGUCCUUUCUCUAUUGCUCUUGGGGUUGCUCUCUGGCUCUGCAGGGCCGGCAUGGCUCGGGCCCCUCUGCCUGGGGGUGGGGGUCCCCGGUGUCUCUCCCUUUGAGUCCUGGGUCUGCUGGGUCUGUGCACUCUCCUGGGGCCUUGGGGGUGGCGGCGGCUGGUCUCUUCUGGGGCGCCCUGGCUGGCCCUGGGGUUUGGGGUGGGUCGGCCCUCCGGUCGCUCCCCUGUCCUUUCCUGCUCUGCUUCCCUCCUCCUCCCUCCUCUCCUACCCGGCCGCUCGUCCUCGUCCCUCUCCCUCCCCUGGGGGGGCUGGGGGCCCUCCGCUGCCUGGGGGUCUGGCAUGGGGGCCGGGUGGUCUCUCUGGGGGGGUGGCUCUGGCUCAUCCGGGCACAGGCCUUGGUACUUGCCUGUGUGCCGCCACUGGAGAUUAGUUUCUGCUGGCUGGGGCUUCUGUCCGGGCCUGGUGCUGUCCUGGGGAGUGGUGGGGUGGGUGGGGUCUCAGUGGUGCUGCGGGGUGGGCGCCCUGCAUCCUGGACGUGCCGGCUUCGGGGUGGGCGUGGGGGCUCAUGGCCCUCGCUCCCUGGUGGUGCGGCCUGGUCCUCCCUCCGGGGCGGGGUGCUGCAUGCGGCUGGCCCGUGGUGGGGCUACGGCGUCUGCCGGGGCGCUGGUCUAGUGCUGCGACUUCUGGGGGUUUCGGUGCUGGCCGUGCCGGUCGGGUUCGUGUGGGCCCACCUCGGCCUCUUGCCUCUGGGCUCUGGGGGCCCUCUGCAACAGUACCGGUGGUCUUACUACCUGUCUCCCCCGCUGCUCUCUCCUCAUGGGCUGGAUCCACACCAGACUGCCUCUUACUGUGCACUUCACAUACUCCACACGUCACUGUAUAUAGUUACUCUUAGGCACAUAUAGGGACAUGACAGCUAGGGCCCCGAGAGCAGGUGGGGGGCGGGAACGAUGAGCUCUGUGGUGGGGCGGAUGGCAGGGCUCUACGGCCUUGUCUCUUCCCCAUCACCCUCUUGCUUGCCUCCCCUGCUCUCUAAUUUCUUUUUAAUGCACCACAUACACUCACACCUUGGGGGUAGGUCUGGGACGGCUCGGGGAACUUGGGCCAGGGUAGGCUGCAGAGUAGCCAUCCUCUGUGGUCCUCUGGCCCGCCCCCUGGACGCCUCGCCCAGCCUCCCCACUUUUAAUGCACCACAUGACACUCAGGGUUACACUAUCACGGUGCAGGGAUAAUGUCUCCAGUCUGGGAUCGGGAGACAUAUUAACAGGGAGUAAUGGGGGGAUCUCACUAAUAUGGCCUCACUGGUGGGACCCGGCCCCCUUAUAGCUAUGGGGUGGCGGGGGUGGA